AUGGACGGCGACCAACCAUCCCCGCCCAGGCCCCGGGGUCGUCCAAGAAGAGACGCCUUCGAGGGUCCACUACCUAGGCCCAGAGCUUGGGCCGACCCGAACCUCCCACGUCGUCAGACGCGCGCUCAGCGUCUUCAAAAGUUGGCGGAUGGAAACGUCCCCCUUUAUGAGAUUGGAGACGAUGGCCAAGCACGACUAAACAACAGAAAUCAGCUUCGCAUCCGGAAUCUUCAGCUCUUGGCCGAUGGGAACAUCCCGCAACUGGGGCUUGGGGAUGAUGGAGAGGUGGUAGUGUCAAAUCCAGGGCAAGGGCAAGCCGGAGCCUGGCAACAACAACAACAGCAACAACAACCAGUACCGCCCCCAGAGUCUCAGCCGGAGCCUCGGCCCGAGCAAGGAGGGGAAGAAAACCUCGAGCCGGAAGGAGGCGGUCAGGAGGGCGGAGGAUCAGGAGGAUCGGACGAAGACCCAGAGCGAGGCCGAGGAGGGGGAGGUUCAAUUCCAGAUGGAGAUGAAGGUGCUGAUUCCAGCGAUGGUAGUUCGGACUCUGAGCCAGAACUAGAGCAAGAACCAGAACCAGAACCAGCAUCUCACCCCCAAACUCCAAGUCCCCAUCCUCCCCAUCCUCAAACGCCUCCCCAACAACAACCACCACCAGCAGGCUAUCACGCCCUCGCUCUCAAUCACGGGCCAUCUCCCGCCCACGCCCAACCACCUCAACUUCCACAAACACCACCACCACCCUUCCAUCAAAAUUUUGCGCAAAUCAAUAUCAAUAACUGGACUCCCGGAAUUAUCACCCCGCCUCCUCCUCCUCACGGCAGUGUUCAAGUAUCACCCGCUGACUCCGCCAUCGAUGUCCGGAGUCCUACACCUCCUCUUCCACAUGUACAUCUCUUUAGUCCAAACUUAAACCAGGCUUGGGACCCAGCGGACGCCGAUGAAGACCAUUUAGAAGACGAGGAUGACUCAGAAGAUGGAAUUUUUGGACUAGGUCAUGGAACGCCCGGCCCGGGUCUGCCUGGUUACGUUAACCCACAGCCGCCCUCUCCUCUUGAGCUGAAUGCGGGCGCGGACUGGGCUGGGCUUCAGGAGGAGGGCAACAAUGGUAGUCCUCCACGACAUUAUCCUGUCCCAGCUGGGUUUGUACCAGGGGGUUGGGGUGGUAGCUUUGUCGGUAUCGGGCAGCAGCAGCCGGGGCCUCAAGUAAUGCCGGUUCUGAGUUAUAAUGGGGCGAGCCCGGAAGAGCAACCACGGGACGGUAAUGAUGAUAGGUCGGAAGAGGAGGGACGCUCUGAUGCCGAGAGUGAAGGUGCAGCUGCUGCACGAUUUGGUGAAGAACCAAAUGACAGUUCGUCGUCGUCGUCGUCUUCUUCUUCUUCUUCUUCUUCUUCGUCGUCGGAUGAGGAGGGUAAAGGUAUAGCUGGUGGUUAUCACCGACGAGAGUCAUCUGACAGUGAAGACCCGCCAGAGGGGGGUAACCAGUACGAUCACCACCCCGUCGAAGGUGAAUGGUACUUCAACGAUAGUGAAGAGGCGCGUGAAGAUGAUGACGAUGAUGAGAACCAGCAAGAGUUGCCGCCGUUGAAUGAUCAGGGGCAGCAGCAACCACAGCAGGAGCAGGAACCAAAUGCUCCAGCCGGCGAAGAGCAUCCAAGACGGCCUAGGUCCAGUUCGCUUCCCGACUUCGACGACGAGCAAUGGGAGCGAGAGGAACAGGAACUGCAGCGCCGUAACCAAAGGAACAGACCGCUUCGCUGGUUCGAGAGGGGUCACACGGUGCGGUGCCAGCCCAUCGGUGACCUCGCGAUACUGCCCGAGCGGCUCCAGGGCCACGACUCCGUCGAGAAUAAUGCCCUUCGCUGGUCCAGGCCCUCUCUCGACUUUGGGAGGCAUAGCCGGCCACCGGCGUUUCCUUCGGAUUUUAGCUCUGAGGAAGAGUGGGAUGACUAUCCUGAAGACGAAGACGAAGAAGAAAAGGAGUCGAACAAGUCUGGUUGCACCGACUCAUCAUCAUCAUCAGUGUCGAAGUCUAGAGGAGGCUCGUCCGAUAGUGACGACGAGCUUCCUCCGGUUGCCAUGCCUGUGAAUGGCACGAGAGUUAGCUCUGAAGGUUCUUCUUCUUCUCCUCCUCCUGUGGGACGAAGCUCGCCCAUUCACCAGCGAUCAACUCCUGCAUCUUCUCCGCCCCCUCAAAACCCCCCUACUAGUCCCAGUCCUUCCUCUCCCAAAAAGAACCGAAAAAAGGGAAGGACUGUUCCAUAUCGUCUGAAUCUGGCAAUCAAACUCCAUGGGACAGGGCGGGCCGACUGGUGGCGUGAUCGCGAACUCGAUCUAGCCGACGACAUGGCCGCUCGAACAGCCCGCUCAAAUGCGCCUCCGCCAUCAGCUGGCAUCACGACGGCCACCACUGCCGCAGGAAACGCCAAAUUAGGUCAAAAACAACAAACCCAGACCGGCAACACAAGCAAAGAUGCCGUCCCAAAACCUCAAGAGCAACAACAACAACGCCCAACAACCCCAAUCCGCAAGCCCCCCCUCCGCCGCAACAGCGCCGGCCCCUUCCACCAUGCCGAAUACCCCUCCACCACCGUCUUCCGGGAAGACUUCACCUUCGUCCCGCGCGACGGCCGCCGCUCAGGUCCCAACAGCGUCUCUGGCGAUGAUGGUACUUCCAGAACCAUACCCGACUACAUCGGCCAAGGCGACCAGGACAUCAGUCCACAAACCAAGAACCCUCCCAAAGUUCCCCAGACAGGCCACGUCGUACCUGGCACGCGCGAGGCGAGGGUGCAAGUUGGCGGCAAAGGGUUCCCGCAGGUUCACAAAGAUAAGGGGGUGAAGGUGUGUGAUCCGGGUGAUGCGUAUGUCUCGGAGGAGUCUUCUAGCGAUAAAGAGGAGGAGGAAGUGGAAUCGGAAGAAAAAGAGAAGAUUCCGACCAGAAGCAAGCCAAACCCUCUUCGGCUUUCGAAGAUCAACUGCCCCGCCUUUUCGACCGAGAGUUACCUGGAGAGACAGAGACAGGAGCAGCAGCGUCAGCGAGAAGAUGAGCGUCGACAAGAAGCCGAAGAGAGAGCAGGAACUUAUUACCAGUACAACCCCCGGUACGACCUGGGUUACACCGGCGGGUUCACAGGCAGCGCCAUACCCGCGUGGAUGAGUGGCGCCGGCGCCGGAAGAGGGUCGGAUAUUUCAUCGCUUCCGAGGACUUCAUGGAUCAGUCAGGCGUUGUCAUCGUCGACUGCUAGCUCAUCGCUCGCUCAAACCUCUGCUUCCACUUCUGCAAAGCGAAGUUUUUCUUCCAUCUCGGAUUAUGACGAUGAUGACGACGAUGAUGACGAUGAUGAUGAUACCGAUGAGUCGGUCGGUAGCUUGGCGAAGAGACUUCGCUUAUUUCCUGAGCCUUCUUCUGCCUCUGGCUCUGGCUCUCCGAAACGGGCACGUCCUGCUGAUGAAGACGAAGACAAAGCGGAGGAGGGUGAGCGUGAGCGUUACAGCAAGCGGCCUCGUACGGAGACACCUAGAGCUAAUGCUUUGGGUGCCAACUUUGUGGGUUUCGGCGGCCAGCAGCAAGCGGAUGCCGCAGAGAAUGCGCAGGACUCAGCAGCUGAGAUGUAUGACCCAGCGAUGAUCGAAGACGAGGAAUAUGAUCCAAGGACCGUUGGACUACCUCGCAUCUACGGCGGCCCGGGUUCGAGGCCCAGAGCGAGUAGUGUCGCUGGGUCGGCCCAGAGCCACCGCCGCCGAUCGAAGGAGUAUGACCCGGUAACUGAACCGGAGGAGGAAGGGUAUGAUCCCAAACAUCCUUCUUCUUGA